CACCAAGGUAAGAUUGUACAAGUACAGCCGCCGACCACCCAGUUCUUCGUGUCAAUGCAACAAAGAGUAAGAAGAAAACAAUUUCCUUAGGAGAGUCCUCGAAAGGAAUUGGAGAAACAGCCCGUCUCGUCAUUCGCAGUCAGCCCUCGUCGUAUAGUACCAAGCCACCACCACCACCACCACCACCACCACCAUCCUCCUCCGUAAUAAACGAGGCCGCAACACUCUCUGCAGAUAAUACACUGAUAUACAGAUCGACGGUUGUAUGCGGCGUGAACAAUGAUGGCACAACAUGCUACCGCGGCUCCUCCAGAAUGGCUUACUGCAAAUGAACAUCGCAGUAACCUCGUCUCGACUCCAGGGAAGCGGAAAGCAGACGAUGAACUCGAAUCCCAAUCCAAUAUAUCCUCUCACUUUAAGAAACUCCGCCUAAACCAGAAUCACACGUCGAAGCAGUCUAUACUGGGGCAGCCUUUGUCCCCGUCUCAAUCCGGACUUUCCUUCCGCCCUCAUAUAGCCAACACCGACGCCCGGCCUGCGCUUCCUGUACCGGUCGACGAGUCUCACUAUACCUCCCAAUUCAACGACCAGUACCCAUCCUCGCCGCAUCCUAUGAGUGAAUCGAAGUAUGGUGAGAAUACUCUUGAUGGACAACAUCAACCCUAUUCUCAUUUCGCAAAUACACAAAAGCCACCGUCACUCUCGGACUCGGCAUUCAUGACCGACCGAAGCCCUCCACAUCAGACGAUUCUCAACGACCGACAAAGAGAGGAGGAGGAGGAAGAGUCGAUGACGGUAGACGAGACUCCGAACCGCAUUUUUAUAACGAACCUGGCCUCUGAAAUCGCCCAGAUCGAGGCCGACGAGGCAGCCUCCAAGUACAGCGUUUUCCUUCCGGACAUUGACAAGAAAGUGUCUGCUCUCCCAGCACACCUCCUCAACACCUACCACGACUCGUCUCGCCUCUCUUCGGUGUCUCCAACCAUGGCGUCUCCGAGCACGGCACUGGUCCUGUAUCGGGAUCCGACCAGCAUCACUGUACCCGAAGAGGAAGACGCCGUCCGGAAAGCCAUCAUAGCAGCACGGCGGAGAGCGAGGGAGAAAUCAGCCGAGGACGAAAGAGAUAGAGAACGAAGGGAACGACUACACAUGGGAGGAGGCGACGGCGAUAUAGAUCUGGACGACGACGCCAUGACGGAUCACUCGUCUCAUCGUGAUAGAGAAGAAGAGGAUCUGGAUGCGAUGGAUAUUGAGUGAUCUUGCUGCAGACGAGGAAAGAAGUUGGAUCAAAUACAGAGAGACGUUGACCGCUUUUGGCGUGUUGAACAGUUGGUACAGGCUAUCAGUACCUGCGAUACCCCCAUAUUUACAUUAUUACUUGAAGCGUUAGAAGCGAGUUGCAUUUUUUGUCCAAUACAAUAUCGAAUUCAUCUGAUCAUACAUUUUCGGAAGUGGGUUGGUGAGAAGGUACAAAGCACCGAUGCAGUGCGUGCGUGCGUGUGUUUCUGUUUGGGUGAACUGAAAUGGACUCUGUACUUUUCUGGGGGCAAGAGUAGGUAGUCCUCCAGGCCUGUAUCAGGUGGUAACCUAGUGCGCAUGGCAGACGGUUUCCCUUAUUCGUUCCACG